CCCGAUGAGGUAAGCAGGACUUGAGAGAGGAGGGUCCUUCCAAGGCACACAAUUGCAACAAACCUCCAGGGCCGCGGAGUGGCAAGGACAGUGUCUCUGCUGGCUUCCAAGAAUCUCCAGUUGCCAUGGGUAGAAGAGAUCUCCCGCUCCUCUCUGCCAAAGGAAAGACUGGGAAGGCCUGCGCCCUUUGCUUGGGAAUCACCACGGUCCUUUUCCUGUUUUGCUUUGUCGUCUUCCUGAUUUUGUACACGCAGGAGCGCCACGAAAAGAUAACGGCCCAGGAGGCUCUGGAAAGCAAAGCUCAGGAAAGGGAGUCCAUGUGGAUACAACUGCUGUCUAGCAAUCGGACCCUGAUGGAAACAGAACGACUUCUGGAGAUGAAGAAAAAGGAAAACCAAGACCUCAAGUCCACCUUGGCCACCACUAACCAGACUUUAGGAGAGAAGAUGCGGCUUUUGGAGGAGACCGAACAGGAAAGGUCGCGGUUACAGGAGCACCUGGGAAUUGUGAAGCACAACCUCACAACGAUGGAAGGGCACUGGAACUCCUGCCAGGCUGAGCUGUACAGCGUUCAAGAAAAUAUUACAUCUUUCGUGGCAAUAAUCAGCAAACAAGCUGCAGAAGGACGGAAGCUCAAAGAUUUAAUUGAUCACCUUCUGGAGCAGGUCAGCAGCAAAACAAGGCAGUUGGCUGAUGCAAAGCGUCAAUUCCAGGAGGAACGAAACAAUUUUGACAAAUAUCGGCAAGAGGUUGCAAAGCCGGCACCAGAAAAUGAUAUUCCAUGUGACAAAGGCAUCCUUCGUGAUUGCAACCUGGUUUUCCUGCCCUUCAUCCUUGUUGAGCUUCUCCUCUUCCUAUAGACUGAUGGACAAGAGAUGGACAUUUCAGCCUCUUUUAUCUGCGCUUCUGCGGUGGACAAUUGGUUUGGGGUAACUCAUCUGCUCUUCAAAGCUUUUCCAACUGUUGGAUGUGUGACUGUGGGUUCAAAUGACUCAUCAUCACUUUAACACUAAAACACUUUGUAGUCACUUAAGGGCCAGCAUUUACCUGUCUCUCUGACACGCCUGGAAAAUAAAAAAAAAAACUUUUCAUUUUA